GCUGUUUAGUACUAUCUCUGACCCCUGCAGAUUGCCUUGGUACACUGCCCCUCCAUCCUGCUGCAAUGAGUGGGAAGUCCUUGCUCCUAAAGGUCAUUCUCCUUGGAGAUGGUGGAGUUGGAAAGAGCUCCCUGAUGAAUCGGUACGUGACCAACAAGUUUGACUCGCAGGCAUUCCACACGAUUGGGGUGGAGUUCUUGAACCGGGACCUGGAGGUGGACGGGCGUUUUGUGACCCUCCAGAUUUGGGACACAGCAGGACAGGAGAGGUUCAAGAGCCUGCGGACGCCCUUUUACCGGGGAGCGGACUGCUGCCUGCUGACCUUCAGCGUGGAUGACAGGCAGAGCUUUGAGAACCUCAGUAACUGGCAGAAGGAGUUUAUCUAUUAUGCUGAUGUGAAGGACCCUGAACACUUCCCAUUUGUAGUCCUGGGUAACAAGAUAGACAAACUGGAGAGACAGGUGAGCACAGAGGAGGCCCGGGCCUGGUGCAUGGAGAACGGUAACUAUCCGUACCUGGAGACUAGUGCCAAGGAUGACACCAACGUAACAGUGGCCUUUGAGGAAGCUGUGCGACAGGUGCUGGCGGUGGAGGAGCAGCUGGAGCACUGCAUGCUGGGCCACACCAUUGACCUGAACUCCAGCUCCAAGUCGGGCUCUUCCUGUUGUUGAGAGUGGCUGCUGCUUUGGGAGCGGUGCUCGAGCCAGCAGCUGGAUCAGAACACACCUGGGCAGCCCUGGAGCACUCUGAGGAGAGUGGCCACAAGGACAAGAGGUGGUUUGCUCACUGGGGAGCUGCAGCCUCACCAUCUGAAUCCUGCCUGGAGUGUUCAGGCACAGAGCAUGUAUCUGCAGGAGGGAGCUGUUAACAGACUCUCUUGAGGAUUCUGGUGCUCUGGAC